GUCCUCGCCGCACGAGCUCCCUCGGACUGCUGGAGAUAUCUGCGAGGAGGAGGAGCUGUCAAAGUUUCCUGAAGGAGGAAAAGUCUUUCACUUGACGAGAGUUCAAACCUACAGAUCUCUGAGUUUUGAUAAAGCGGAAUAUCGCGUGUGUUUGGCAUGGACUGACACCUUCUCACCGGCAGCUCCAAAAACACGAUGGCAACCCGUUUAGUGAAGUGGAUCAGUCUCACCUCUCUGCUGUGCCUGGGCUGCUCUGUCCUGGCGGAAGGGAAAGUAUGCCAAGGCAUUGCCAACCGUUUAAACCUGCUGGGUUCCAGAGAGGAUCACUACCUGAACAUGGUGAAGACCUACAGCAACUGCACUGUGGUCCUGGAGAACCUGGAGGUCACCUACAUGGAGGAGCACCACGACCUGUCCUUCCUCUCGUCUAUUGAAGAAGUGGGCGGCUAUGUGCUGAUCGCCCUCAACACAGCCUCCAGGAUUCCUCUGCAGAAUCUGCGCAUCAUUCGAGGUCAUAAGCUCUAUGAGGGACUGUAUGGCCUCGCUGUGCUUACCAAUUAUAAUAAACAUACAGGUCAGGACACCGAUGAGCUUCUUCUGACCAGCCUGACAGAAAUUCUUAAAGGAGGUGUAAAGUUUGGGACCAACCAGCCAUGCAAUGUGGAAACAAUACAGUGGUAUGACAUUGUCAACGCUGAAAGCAAACCCAAAAUGGUGCUUCCAUUACCCAACAGUCCUCGACGUUGUAAAAAAUGUGACCCAAGCUGCUUCAAUGGUUCAUGCUGGGCACCUGGUCCUGAAAACUGCCAGAUCUUAACAAAGCUGAACUGUGCACAGCAGUGCUCAAAGAGAUGCAAAGGGCCUUCACCCAGUGACUGUUGUAAUGAGCACUGUGCUGCGGGCUGCACAGGACCGCGGCCCACCGACUGUCUGGCCUGUCGGGACUUCCAGGACGACGGGGUGUGUAAGGACUCCUGCCCCGGCCUCAUGCGCUAUGACCCCAACCUGCACCAGCUGGUUCCUAAUCCACAUGGAAAGUACAAUUUUGGGGCCACGUGUGUGAAGAGCUGCCCACAUAACUAUGUUGUUACUGAUCACGGAGCGUGUGUGCGGACGUGCAGUGGGAACACAUACGAGGUGGACGAGGGAGGAGUCAGGAAGUGCGCCAAGUGUGACGGACUGUGUCCAAAAGUGUGUGAUGGACUUGGAUCAGGAAACCUGACUCACACUCUGUCUGUCAAUGCCACCAACAUUGACUCUUUCAAAAACUGCACGAAAAUCAAUGGGAACAUUGCUAUCAUCCGCACAUCGAUUCAUGGGGAUCCGUAUACCAAAACACCAAAGAUGGAGCCUGCCCAGCUUGAGGUGUUUAAGACAGUCAAGGAAAUUACUGGAUACUUGUUGAUUCAGAUGUGGCCAGAGAGCCUGAGCUCACUCAGUCCUUUCGAGAAUCUGGAGAUCGUUCGAGGACGAACUAAACGUGGUAGCCGCAGUUUGAUGAUGGCUCAGCUCGGCAUCAGCUACUUGGGCCUCCGCUCCCUGAGAGAAAUCAGCGAUGGAGAUGUGGUCAUCAUGAAGAACCCGAACCUGUGCUACACUGACAAAAGCCACUGGAAGGGCCUCUUCAAAUCAAAAAGCCAGAGUGCUACCAUAGAGGAAAAUGCUGAUGCUGCCACAUGUGCCCUGAGGAACAACACUUGUGACAGGAAGUGUUCCACGGACAGCUGCUGGGGCCCUGGCCCGGACAUGUGUUUCGCCUGCCGUGACUACAGCCGUGAUGGGAGCUGUGUUGACUCCUGCAACAUCCUGGAGGGGGAGCUGCGGGAGACUGUCGUGAAUAAAACCUGCGUGGAGUGUCACCCCGAGUGUCAACGCAUGAAUGGGACCGCAACCUGCAGUGCGCCUGGACCUGGAAACUGUACUAAGUGUGCCAACUUCCAAGACGGCCUGUUCUGUGUGUCCCGGUGUCCUCAAGGUGUGCCAGGCGAGGACGACACGCUGGUGUGGAAAUACGCAGAUACGAUGCAAGUGUGCAAGCCCUGCCACAAAAACUGCACUCGAGGUUGCAUGGGUCCUGGUCUUGAAGGUUGCCAAGGUAAAGGCCCCUCUGGCCUUUCCAUGAUUGCGGCUGGUGUAGUCGGGGGUCUGCUGGCCGUUCUUAUUGCUGGCCUGUCUGUGUUUGUGUUGCUGCGCCGACGCCACAUCAAGAGGAAGAGAACCAUGCGUCGACUUCUCCAAGAGAGAGAGUUGGUUGAACCUCUGACUCCAAGUGGCGAGGCUCCAAACCAGGCUCUGCUGCGGAUCCUGAAGGAACCUGAAUUUAAGAAAAUCAAAGUGCUGGGAUCAGGAGCUUUUGGUACCGUUUACAAGGGCCUGUGGGUUCCAGAGGGAGAGGAUGUGAAGAUCCCAGUCGCCAUCAAGGUUUUGAGGGAGGCCACAUCGCCAAAAGCAAACAAAGAGAUCUUGGACGAGGCUUAUGUGAUGGCCAGCGUGGAACACCCCCAUGUGUGUCGUCUGCUCGGCAUCUGCCUGACGUCCACAGUGCAGCUCGUCACCCAGCUGAUGCCCUACGGCUGCCUGCUGGACUAUGUCAAAGAGAACAAGGACAAUAUCGGCUCCCAGUACCUGCUCAACUGGUGUGUGCAGAUAGCCAAGGGUAUGAACUACCUGGAGGAACGCCACUUAGUGCACCGUGACUUGGCAGCGAGAAACGUCCUGGUGAAGACUCCUCAACAUGUCAAGAUCACUGACUUUGGUCUGGCAAAACUCCUCAAUGCAGAUGAGAAAGAGUACCACGCCGAUGGAGGAAAGGUGCCAAUAAAAUGGAUGGCUCUUGAAUCUAUCCUGAACAGAACGUACACACACCAGAGUGACGUGUGGAGUUAUGGCGUAACAGUUUGGGAGCUGAUGACAUUUGGGACCAAACCGUACGAUGGGAUUCCAGCCAGUGAUAUCGCCGGGGUUCUGGAGAAAGGGGAGCGACUGCCUCAACCACCAAUCUGUACCAUCGACGUCUACAUGAUCAUGGUGAAAUGCUGGAUGAUUGAUGCAGACAGCCGACCUCGUUUCCGAGAACUAAUAGCUGAAUUCACAAAAAUGGCCCGGGAUCCUUCUCGAUAUCUCGUCAUUCAGGGCGAUGACCGCAUGCACCUGCCGAGUCCCACAGACACUAAACUGUACCGCAGCCUGAUCAGUGGGGAGGACAUGGUGGAUGCUGUGGAUGCAGACGAGUACCUGGUGCCGCAACACGGCUUCUUCAGCAGCCAGAGCACCUCCCACACACCACUGCUUCACUCCACGAGCCUCAACAGCAGCAUUGGAACGUGCCACAGCAGAGCUGGCUUACUGAAUGGAUUCCCGAGCAGAGAUGGAAGCAUGGUGCUCCGGUAUAUUCCUGACCCCACAGACAAACUUCUAGAUGAGGCCUUCCUGCCGUCUCCAGACUACAUGAACCAGAACGGAGUCUCAGAUAUGAUGAAUCCCAUCUACCAGCACCCGGGUCCACCUCGCACUGUGCUUCCCACCAUCUCUUCAGAGGACACAGAGACGGAGUACCUGAACUGCUUUAAAAACGGGACAGACGGACCAGAGUACCUCAACGAGAUCCCGUCCCCCGCCAUCCUCCCGCUCACCUCCAACGGCACAGUUCACAGCAUCCAGAAAUACCAGCCCCAGAACAGCAUAGACAACCCUGAUUACCAACAGGAUUUCACUCCCACCUUCAAAAGCCACGCCAACGGACACAUCCCAGCAGCGGAGAACACAGAGUACCUGGGCCCGGACUGAGGACUUAGUGGAUACAGACAAUAAACAUGAGACUGUUUCCUGUUCCAUUAGGAAAGGGCAUUGAUGUCUUGGCUGAGAAAGCGUAGCUAAGUGGUACCAUCAAUUAUCAUAUACGUCUUACGGAGUCAAGUGGCACUUUGUGCAGCUUCCCGUGUUGUUUGCAUGCAGUCAUACUCGUCAAGCGAUCCCCUCUCAUUCCAAAGAGUUUUUUUCUUACAACCAAAAUACAAAUGACUUUUUCUCAAUAAAAGCUAGACGGAAGCUGAUUCGUACAUGACUCAGUCAACCUGAGAGUUGCUGGACCUGAUAUGCUCCAUCCAUACAUUGUAACCCAUGUCAGAAAGUGAAAAUCUCUCCAAAACGUGAUCCAAAUGUGUCAGUGGAGGACUGCUAUUAAAAAAGGGUUCAAAUGCCUCCAUUUUUUAGGAGGCAGAAGCUCUAUUGCAAAGGACACAAACCGGCAGCUCAACCCUAAACACUACCUAAGGUACAUGUGUUGUAGAAUCACAAGUCAGAUACACAAUCAGUCCACAGUAUUUACAUGAUGGAAUAUAAAGGGUUGAGAACACACAGUGGUUGGAUGUGAAGGUUUGGAAGAUGUCUCUGUGGUGAAGUCGAGACGAUUACGGGGAGAUUUAAAGAGUGAAAUGCUGGCUGGACUGUUGGGGUCCUCGGAGGCCUGACGACACUCGUCCUGAGGGAUGAGUCAACGAGGAAACAAAAUGUUGCGAUGUAUAGAAUGUAUAGUCAGUUUAAAGGGGGAAUACUGGUGAAUUGUAUUGUUUGAAUAUGUUACUUUUAUGCUCUAAGACAGUUUUGUCUCUGUGAGAAACUGGUUGCUGUCUCUGUUAGAUUGAAACAAGAGUUUCCUGUGUCCCCUGAUGUGAGAUAUCACACUAACUAUGUCGAGAAUGUAAUGGUAAAUAUAGCAAAUGUGAUUGUGGUUGUAUUCAAACUGCGGUGUUGUGCAGUUGAAAACCUGUAGCAUGACGCGCAUUUGUGUGGACCAAGAAAGUCAGCUAAGCUUCAUAUCAGUACGGCACAUUAGUUUGUUUACCCAGGAAGUGUUUUCUGGUCCUUUUACUGAUUAUAUCCUUCUGGUAUAUCUUUUGUAACACCCUGACUGCUCUCACAGUUUUUUACCGAGACAAAAAACGUGUUGUUGAACUGUCUUAGGUCAUGUGAGUAACUUGUUUGAAUUUUUAUAUUAGAUGUAGUGUUUCCCUGUAAACAUAUGUUGUUUUACAGACUAUUUUGAAUGGCUUACGUCAGAAACAAAGAAUGUUUCUUAUGUCUGUGCUCUGUCGUAUUUACACUAUUACCUAGAGACUUUUCCUUGUCUGAAUUUUUUAAACAAAAGUGUAGACUGUUUUUUUUUUUCCCCCCACACAGGGUGUUGACACCAUAUCUUUAAAUCUGCUCCUAGCUUUGAAGUCUUGUAGUCUUUGCAAGAGUAUUAACUUUGCAAAUAUCAUUCCUAGUUUUAAAGGAAUAUACUAUUGUAGCAACCUGAAAGCCUACUUUUGCAGAUUUUACACAGGUACAUGUACAGAAAACAGUGAUUAUACUGUAAUAUACCCCUAAAGUAGUCACCUAUAAUUUAUACUCAAUACACAGUUUUGUCACAUCAUACAUGAAUAUGCACUUAUUCCUGAAUUGUGAUUGUUUCAUUCAAAAGUGAACAUGAAUAAAUCUUUUUUCUAUGGAAA